AUGGGAGAGAGGGCGGAACUUCCGGGGCGGUCUGCCGGAUACCCGGUGCGGAAGGGCCUGAUCCGGCCCGUUCGGAAACAAAGCGGGCGGCAGCGCAGCGGGACCGGGCUGAAGGGAUGGAAGGGAGUCACCUACCGGAAAACGGUGAAUGGAAGCAAGUCUGUGGUGUACUGUGAAUAUGGGAUGGUACAUGUCCUUUCAGAGAAGGGGAGCAGCAAAGGAAAAGACUACUGUAUCCUCUUCAACUCUCAGUGGGCCCAUUUGCCACAUGAUCUGGGUAAAGCUUCACUCUUGCAACUGCAGGAUCAGACAGCAUCUGUUUUGUGUUCUCCUUCGGAUGUACCUGAUGGGGGAUUUAAUAAUCAAAUCCCCAUGGUGAUGCGUGGGAAUUGCACCUUCUACGAGAAAGUGAGGCUUGCUCAGAUAAAUGGAGCUCGAGGGCUGCUGAUUGUUAGUAGAGAGAGACUGGUUCCUCCUGGGGGUAACCGGAGUCAAUAUGAAGAGAUUGAUAUUCCUGUGGCUCUGCUCAGCUAUACUGAUAUGUUAGAUAUUGGCAAGAGUUUCGGCAGCUCAGUGAAAGGGGCGAUGUAUGCACCAAAUGAGCCUGUGCUAGACUAUAACAUGGUGAUUAUAUUUGUCAUGGCUGUGGGGACUGUUGCAAUUGGAGGCUACUGGGCAGGAAGCAGAGAUGUGAAAAAGCGGUACAUGAAGCACAAACGUGAUGAUGGGGCAGAGAAACAUGAUGAUGAAACGGUUGAUGUGACUCCAGUAAUGAUCUGUGUAUUUGUAGUGAUGUGCUGCUCGAUGCUGGUCCUCCUUUAUUUCUUCUAUGACCACUUAGUUUAUGUUAUCAUAGGAAUAUUCUGCCUGGCUGCCUCAAUUGGUCUUUAUAGUUGUCUGUCUCCCUUUGUAAGAAGAUUCCCCUUGGGAAAGUGUAGAAUCCCAGACAACAACUUGCCUUAUUUUCACAAGCGUCCACAGGUCCGGAUGUUGCUAUUGGCAAUUUUUUGUAUCUCUGUCAGCGUAGUCUGGGGAAUCUUCAGAAACGAAGAUCAGUGGGCCUGGGUUCUGCAAGAUGCUUUAGGAAUCGCUUUCUGUCUUUACAUGUUGAAAACAAUUCGCCUGCCUACAUUUAAGGGUUGUACCUUGCUCCUCCUGGUUCUUUUUGUGUAUGAUGUAUUCUUUGUAUUUAUCACACCUUUUCUAACAAAGACUGGGGAGAGUAUAAUGGUGGAGGUGGCUGCAGGCCCGUCUGAUUCUGCCACUCAUGAAAAGCUCCCAAUGGUUCUGAAGGUUCCACGACUGAACUCCUCACCGUUGGCUCUGUGUGACAGGCCUUUUUCUCUCCUAGGAUUUGGGGACAUUUUAGUUCCAGGCUUAUUGGUAGCCUAUUGCCAUAGAUUUGAUAUUCAGGUGCAGUCGUCCAGAGUCUAUUUUGUAGCCUGCACAAUAGCAUAUGGCAUAGGCCUUCUUGUGACCUUUGUUGCCUUGGCGUUGAUGCAGAUGGGCCAGCCCGCUCUCCUCUACUUGGUGCCCUGUACUCUGCUCACAAGCUUUGCUGUGGCUCUUUGGAGAAAGGAGCUUGCAAUGUUCUGGACGGGCAGCGGCUUUGCGAAAGACCUACCUCAGCCUCCCCUGGUGAUAGCUCCUGUCAGCUGCCCUGAGCUUCCCAAAGAUAGCAAUGUACCAGCCCCUCAACAAGACACAGAGCAAAUGACCAAUCCUACCCUCCAUGUGAAGGAUCUGCAUGGCCCCACCUUGGCUGCAGAGGAGCUGGCUGAUAUUGCCACAAAGAUGGACAAGUCUGAAAUUUCUGUUGCACAGAGUGAGGAACCAGCUGGUCAGAACAAGGACGACCUUGAAAGCAAAUGCCUAAAUGCAGAGCAAAAACAGCUGGAAUAAACAAUGUGAUAAGAACUCCUUAUUUUCCCUCACAAACAUAUCCAUAUAAAACCAGUAUGUAUUUAGGACUGGUUUAGUAGUGUUUGCAUUCAUUGAGGAACCUCACUGGGAGUCUGAUCAUCAAAUCCAUCUACAAAUGUUCUGCCUCCAGCUUUGGUACAGCUAUACACUUCAAACAUCUUUCUGAAAUAUGGUGCUCUACGAGGGUUCUGAUGUAUGGAUUUCAAUGAUCAUUUUAUUAGUGAAUGCCUUUUACCGUUCCAUUUUCAUUAUACCGGGAUAGUAUUAAGAGUCUUUAUUUACACAAUACUCUGUGCUUGUGUGGCUAUUUUGCUGCUUUAGCAUAGUGUAGGUUAAGAUGGAGUAAAAGCAUUGAACAAGUCUGCUACAAUGCUUAUUUGAGAGAAACAUGAUACUCCUUUUAGCACUUUCCCUAUUGUCACCUUCUACUUUACUUUUCCCUGCUUGUCAAAGCCAUUGAUACAAGGGAAUGCUUUAGUAUAAACUGACAUUCAGGAAAUGCAGAGAAUGGUUAAAUUACCAGCCUCUGAAAGGAUUUAUCCUACCGUGGUGCAUUAAAUGCAUCUCUUAACUUUUUUGUCUUUGUUUUUACUUCCAGGUACCUGGGUUGGCUACUAGGCUAGUUUAAAAGGCAGGAUGAAUGGAGCUACAGGAAGCUUUCUAAGCACUCAUAUGAACUCUAGGGGCUGUCUUUGAAAAUAAACAGCAUUUGUCACAGAACACUGUCUGGAAGCAAAAGCGUAUUAAGAAUGUUUAAUGUUUUAGAAAUAAAAUACAAGCCAAAUAGGUAAGAAACUAGGUAGUAGCACUAUACUAAGCUUAAUAGGCAGUAUUUUCAUUGGGAAAAUGUUAAAGCAAAGCA